AUGAAACCACUCUUCUUGUACAUUUCACUAGGACUAUUCGCUGGUUUUGAAAUUCUACAAUCCACCAGUCAUGUCUUGUUAUUGGCCGUGGCUGCCAUCUUUCGAGAAUUUGCCGUGUCCACAGAUUCCCAUUUAUUAAUGACUCGUUCAGUGAUGUUUCUCGCGUUAGCAACGUUCCUAUUAGCUCUCGUUGCCUUGAAAAUUGUGGUGUGGUUAGUUGGAGCCAGGUACAUGUAUCAAAUGUAUCGACAAUUUACAACCAUCAAAACCAUGACGUAUGACCACAGUGUGACUCGGGAAGAAACUCAAAGUAUUAAUCAUCAUGGAAGAGAGGAUUUAAUGGCGACUCCACAGAAUGAGACAACAAGAUUGCCACAGCUUCAGCAACGGCAACAAUUUGAAGACGAGGAGGAAAUUAAUAUUUACAAUUCGAACAAUACUGCUUUUAGAUUUUUAUGGAAUUUCAGAAAAACAAGUGCACGUUUCCUUAAUUUAUUCAUCUUUUCAGCAGUGACCCUUUCUCUUACUUCAUUAAUAUUAUGUGUUACUCUUUCAUUCCUCUUUCUCAUGUACUACUCGAGUGUCGAUUUGGUUUACUUUUCAUGCACGGCUGCCAUCAUCAUUUCCUUAUUGAGCUUACCCUUGAAUGCAGUUUUAUUCUUCCACUCGUGUUACAAUGAAUCCUUUGCUCAAGUCGAUUCUCUCUUCUCUCUCAAUGGUUCUUCUUCAUCGUCAUCAGCUUCCUCUUCCAAUACUAAUUUGGAAAAUUCUCAAGAACCUCCUAAUCAUGAACAUGAGGAAGAACAAGCCAAUGCCAGUCAGAAUUCCAAGAAAGCAACCAUCCUCUAUGGAACAUCGAAUGACCAUGAACAAGUUUCAUUGGGAAUUGAAGAAGAGGAAGAAGAAAUUGUUCAUGUCCGAAAACCUUUAUUGAAUCCGACAACGAGUGUACUUGAUCAGGGAAUGAAUGUGCCUCACAGUACAAGGCAGAAGAAGAAGAAGCAAAAGAAGAAUAUAAAGAAUGGUUCUUCAUCCUCGAAACCCAUUGCGAUUCAAGAUUCUCGAAACAAUAAGAAUCACACGAAUCAUUCUUCGAUUGUUGAGCAAGGAGAGGACAUUUCUGAGGAAACCACAUCGUUAACGGUUCCUGGAGAACGAUCUCAAUUCUAA